ACACCGCUGAUGUUUCAGCGUCCUCCCGUGGGCUGCGCUGCGGAGGGAUACCACACUGGAACCCGACAAUGUGGAGGCUGUUAAAAUGUCUUCUCGGGGAAUGAGACGCGAGCUUUUUCUCUAACGAUCCGAGGACCAGACUAACAUCAGAGUAAUGGUUCGUGUCGGAUGCGUGAUCUCAGUUUUGUGACGAAGUCGGCAGCUAGGUGAGGCGGCGGCGGAGGAGUGAUUCGUUUCGCCUUUCGUCAUCCACAUCCAACCCGCGGCAGUGAGUCCGGACCACGGGGGGAAGGAAGGACCCUCUCCAUAACUUUGUGUUUUUUCCUCGCUCCGCUCCCGUCGCUGAUUCCUCCCUGUUGGAUGCCACAUCACUGACUCCAGUCACUUGCUGAGACUGAAAGGGCCAAGUGAACAGCAGCAGAGCAUGGCUGCAGUGGAAACCGACAAGGAGCUCAACGACUUGCUGGAUUUUAGCGCGAUGUUUGCGCCUCCAGCCUUAAACGGCAAGAACCGGCCGACUACUCUCGCCAGCAGUCAGUUUGGAGGUUCAGGUAUAGAUGAGAGGAGUGGGUCCAGUCACUGGGGACAAGGACAACAGAACAGUUCGUCUUUCAACCAGGGACGGGCUUAUGGAGAAGAAGGUCUUUAUGGUGAACAGCAGGGGAUGGCCUCUGCCCCCAUAUUUGGACCUGGGAUUGUUGGGAAGGCUGAGCGAGGGCCAUACUCGUCAUUUGCAGCACAGCCUGGCUUUAUGCCCAAUGGAUUACCCAUGCCCAGUCCUGAUCCCCUCUCCCCGUCUGGCCUGAAGCCCAACUCCCAGUUUUAUUCCUCCUAUGAGGGGAGCAACGCUCGCAGGAGACCCUCACAGGAACCCAUUGAAUCCCAGCCCAAAAAGAUCAGGAAGGUGCCCCCUGGCCUGCCCUCAUCAGUUUAUGCAUCAGCCUCAGGAGAGGAAUUUAACAGGGACAAUGCUGGUUACACAUCCUCCAAGGCAGGAAACCCCUACCCACCACCGUUCUACAUGCAAGAAGGCCUCCACCCACCCUCCGAUCCAUGGGGCCCGGCCGGGUCGAUGGUUCAGCCUGGUUUUUCUUCCAUGCUGGGCAACACCCCCCAUAUGAGCCAGCAUGGACCCUUCACAGCCAUUAACCCCCAAGACAGACUGAAACGGCAGCCACUGCCCCUCUCUCCACAAAAUUACCCCCUGCAUGGCAGCGAGGUGAAUGGGGCUCAUCCCGCUGGCUUCCACUCUGGCUCCAGCAGCUUUGGUGUUUCCAACCACACACCCCCUAUUGUUGGAAGUGACUCUAUUAUGGCCAAUCGAGGACAAGCUCCUGGAAGCUCAGGUGAUGAGAUCGGAAAGGCCCUGGCAUCUAUCUAUCCCUCAGACCCGAACAGUAACGGCUUCCCUCCAUCCCCAUCUACUCCCUCUUGCUCACCUCAAGCUGUUUCAGGCUCUGCAUCUCAGUGGGCUCGCUCCUCUGGCCAGGCCACACCUUCACCUAACUUUGACAGUGGCAUUCAGACCAUGAGCAAAAUGGAGGACCGUCUGGAAGAAGUCAUCAAUGUUCUCCAGCGCCACACCAGCAGCCAAGGAGUUCCCGGAUUGGCUGAAAUGCACAAUCUGCUGACGUCUGGUUUAGGGCUUCCUCCUGGCUUCAACACUGCAGCACUUGGAUUGGCCAGUCGCCUUCCUGGGCUGGUGUCCGGUCACCACGAGGACUCUGUUGGUCUGCCCUCUAGUGGAGGACUUCUGCAUGGUCACCACGGCUCCACAUCUGGUCCAGGCUCUCAGGCUGAAGGGUUUACUGGCCUGACCAGCAGCCUAAAUCGUUCCAGUGCUUCAGAUAUUAAAAGAGAAGGCAAGGAGGACGAUGACUGCUCCCUUACUGACAAGUCAGAUGAUGAGAAAAAAGACAUGAAGAGCCGACUUCAUACAAGUCUGGAUGAUGAUGAGGAUGAUGAGGAUGAUGAAGAUCUGCCAGUGGAGGUUAAGGUUGAGCGGGAGAAAGUGCGGAGGAUGGCAAACAACACCCGCGAGCGGCUACGUGUGCGGGACAUCAACGAGGCUUUUAAGGAGCUGGGCCGCAUGUGUCAGCUCCACCUGAGCUAUGAGAAACAGCAGACCAAAUUGAUCGUACUGCAACAGGCCGUUAACGUUAUAGUCAACCUGGAGCAGCAAGUUCGAGAACGCAAUUUGAAUCCAAAGGCCGCCUGCCUCAAGAGGAGAGAGGAGGAGAAAGUGUCAGGUGUGGACCCCCAGAUGCAGCUUGGUGGGGGUCACCCUGGAUUGGGUGGAGAUGGACACAACCCUGUUAGCCAUAUGUAAUUCUCAGUUCCUGUUGAUUAUACAGCCCUUAGAACACGUGGCCUUAAUCCAUCAUUGUCAUGCAUCUCGGUAUGUUAAGCAACUUUUGGAAAAUGUGUGACACACACACAUACAUACACACACACAUACACACACCACAAAUACUGACAACGCAGGUGGCCACAUCCCUGAUGAAGAAGCACACUCAUCCAUUUUACUGCAAGGACUCUGGUUUGGAGACUGUGGAUAUUGGACAUGAUACAGGACUUUCUUGUGAUGUUUUGUAAAACAUUUUGAAAAAUGCAUUACAUGUUGGGAGCAAAACUUGUUUGGAUCAAAUAAAACUUUUGGAUCAACUGCUCAUGUGAGCAGAGUUAGGAUUUUCAUCGUUGGAUAAUUAUUGGCAUUCCCAUCUGAAAAGAAGGUCUUACAUUCUAUAGAAGCAAAGACGGACAUCUGAGUUCAUGUUAUGUCUGAACAAAAACCUGUUUAAAGACACAGGCCAUAGUGUUUGUUGAAGAUUUUAAAAAACAGUCACCAUUGCUAUCCUCCUAUGUAAUGACUGAAUAACUGAGGCAGGUUUGGAGACACAGAGGGAGGAUCGAGUGGCCAAUCACAGAGCUGACUCUUCUUUUUGAUAUGCUGGUAAUCCUGGCUGUAUUUUUUUUUAUUUGAUGCUUUGCUAAAAAGGUUCCACAGUCAGCUACUUAAACGUGUGGUCGAAAUUUUUCCUUUUCAACCUUGUAUCCCUGAUUCCUAUCUCUUUAUGUCCUGUACAUGCGUUAUUGUCACUGCCAUGUAAGUGGAAUGGAGAGAGAUCCACCACUGGCACAAACACAAGCAAAGACUCUUUACUAAAUGAAUCCACACGCAUGUUUAAUUAGAUGUGGACAUCCCAACCUUCCCUCUGUGAGGCUGCUGUUGGACUCGAGCACACAAGCAUCAUCCUCAAAUCUUAAACCUUCAUCAAGCCAGUCACUCAGUCUCAGCGGUGUGCUCAUCAUCAAGCCUCUGACUCCCGUCAGCCUGCCCACAACAAAUCAUGUAAAGACACUGUUACAACGUGUUGAACAUGCAUCAUGUAAGUCUCAGAGCAGUUUCAGAGUAUUGAAGAGGUCAUGAGUGUUACUGCAAACUUUGCCAUUGACUGACUUGUUCUGGUUGUUGCUCCUUGUUGAGCAUUUAGGGAUUUUUUUAUUUCUUUCCCUUUCGAACAAUUGCAAAUCAUGUUGUAAGGAUCUUCCUAUUUUAGAACUGAUUCGACGUUUCCCUUCUCUUCUGUUUUAUUUUUUACUUUGUAAUAUAGAUGUAUGAGUUUUGUUUUUAUCAUUUGGAAUAUUCUUUCCUUUUUUUGUUUACAUUGAUUAAAUGUAAGAUGACUCUCAGUUUAGAUUCCAGGAACAAAGUGAGGUGUUUUAUUUUUUCGUGCCAGGUGCUUAGAAAUGUUAGAAAUGACAAAAUGAUCUGGCUGUACCAUCACAUGUUGUGAUAUUGCUCUUUUUUUUUUAAGAAAGAAAAUGCAUUUGAACACAAACCCGUCAAGCCAGUUGUAAGUGAAUUGUUCUGGUGUUUGCAACAGUUUUUUCUUUGAAUGACACAACAAUUCUUUUCUUCUGCAUACACCCUGUCUUGUCCCUGACGUGCAACUCUGUGAUGAGCUUGUUGCCUGGUUUGAGAAGGGGCAGAAGGGGUUGGUCAAUCUGCAACAUAAUUCAGUGUUUCAUUAUGAUAUGAAGCAUAAAAUGAAUCAAUAAGGGUGGCCUUAGUCAUUUCCCUGACUUUGGGAGUUUUGAUAAUGGUUACUCACCAGUGCCUGAAUACUUCUCUGCUUCAUGGUGGAUAAUGUUGCAUUUAAGGAUUUAUAAGUUGUACCUUUUCUAUAAUACAGAUGUAUAAAAACAUAUAUACUUCAGUAACAUCUGACAGUGUCUCUGAACAUCUAAAUGAAGAAUUACACUCAUUGAUGCUCACUGCUUGAGUGUCCGUCAUUAGAUGUAAGAUGAGUAAUAACCUGGUCUUCGACCUGACACUGAAAAAAACUUAAACUUCUCAUGUAUUAUGUACUAGUUCUGUUAAAUAUAAUUUUGGUCUUGACUGGCAUGUGCAUUGAUAUGUAUGUACAGCUGUAUGAUGUGUCCUUAUCUGCUUAAUCAUUAUCGUAAGCCGAUACUGAUAUGUGACAGUAUUUGUUUUACCUCUACCUGUCAAUUCUUUACAAAUCUUGCCCCAUGGACUAGCCCCAAACAUUAUUUUCUUUGUCAGUUACCCUACCCAUUCUGCAGGAAAAAUGUGGUGUUGUUGUGAUAUGGAAAAUCGCUACUGAAGGCCUGUGCAUUUAUUUCUUAACUAAACAGAUAUGUUUGUCUACAGUAUCCAAGUUUCAAGACAAACACCUGAUAUUCUUUGUUGACAAACCCUUUUCUGUCCUGCACAGCAGGUGACCUGCAACAUAUCUCUGUCUUCACUCAUGUUUGGGGACAACAUCUAUGUAGGCUAUGUCCUCAAAGUGCCUCCAGUUUCCUAUUUUUUAUAUAUAAAGUAGAUACCGAGGACUGUUGUGUCUAAUGUAGCAAUAAAUGUGCCAUUUUUCAUAACAAAGCGCAUUUUUUCCAGUGACUUUUUCAAUAAAUCAAAUAACACUUGA